AUGGUGAAGAAAGUGGCCAUCAUUGGAGCAGGCAUCAGCGGCCUGGCCUCCAUCAGGAACUGCCUAGAAGAGGGACUGGAACCCACGUGCUUUGAGAAGGGUGAAGACGUCGGGGGCCUGUGGAAAUUCUCGAACCAUGCAGAGGAAGGCAGGGCCAGCAUUUAUCGGUCAGUCUUUACCAACUCUUCCAAAGAGAUGACAUGUUUUCCAGACUUCCCAUGUCCUGAUGAUUUUCCUAACUUUAUGCACAACAGCAAGCUCCAGGAAUAUAUUACUAUGUUUGCCAAAGAAAAGAACCUCCUGAAAUACAUACAAUUUAAGACAAUUGUAUCCAGUGUAAAUAAGUGUCCCGAUUUCUCAACCACCGGCCAGUGGGAUGUUAUCACUGAAAAGGAUGGUAAAAAGGAAUCAGCUGUCUUUGAUGCCAUAAUGAUUUGUUCUGGACAUCAUGUGUACCCCAACAUACCUAAAGAGUCCUUUCCAGGAAUAAAACUUUUUAAAGGCGAAUGCUUCCACAGCCGGGACUAUAAAGAACCAGGAAUCUUCAAGGGGAAGCGAGUCCUGGUGAUUGGUCUGGGGAACUCGGGCUGUGACAUCGCCUCAGAACUCAGCCAAACAGCCGAAAAAGUCAUCAUCAGCUCCCGAAGUGGCUCCUGGGUGAUGAGCCGGGUCUGGGAUGAAGGCUAUCCGUGGGACAUGCUGACUGUCACUCGAUUUGAAACAUUCCUCAAGAAUACGUUACCGACAGUCAUCUCUGACUGGUGGUACAUGAAGCAAAUGAAUGCCAGAUUCAAGCACGAGAACUAUGGCUUGAUGCCUUUAAACGGCACCCUGAGGAAAGAGCCUGUGUUCAAUGACGAACUCCCAGCUCGCAUUUUAUGUGGCAUCGUGACCAUUAAGCCAAAUGUGAAGGAGUUUACAGAGGAUUCAGCUAUUUUUGAGGAUGGGACAGUGUUUAAGGCCAUUGACUGUGUCAUCUUUGCAACAGGCUACAGUUGUGCCUACCCCUUUCUUGAUGACUCCAUCAUUAAGAGCAGAGACAAUGAGGUCACCUUAUUUAAAGGCAUCUUCCCGCCUACACUGGAGAAGCCAACCUUGGCUGUUAUUGGCCUUGUCCAGUCACUUGGAGCUGUCAUCCCCACUACUGACCUGCAGUCUCGCUGGGCAGUACAAGUAAUUAAGGGAACUUGCCCUUUGCCUUCUGUCAAGGACAUGAUGAAUGAUAUUGAUGAAAAAAUGGGGAAAAAGCUCAAAUUGUUUGGCAAAAGUGAUACCAUACAGACAGAUUAUGUGGUUUAUAUGGAUGAACUUGCCUCCUUCAUUGGGGCAAAGCCCAACAUCCCAUGGCUGUUUCUCACCGAUCCAAAGUUGGCGUUGGAGGUUUACUUUGGUCCUUGCACACCAUACCAGUUUAGGCUGGUGGGCCCAGGAAAGUGGCCAGGAGCCAGGAACGCCAUCCUGACCCAGUGGGACCGGACAUUAAAGCCAACCAGGACAAGAGCUGUCAGUGAAGCUAAAAGACCCCAACCCUUUUACAAUUUGCUUAAAAUUCUUUUAUUCCCAGUGCUUCUUCUGGCUGUUUUACUUGCAUUUUAUUGA